GUGGCUGGGAGGGUGGUGGUGGGGGGGAAGCGGAGGCUGUAUAAAGGAAGGUGCUGGGUGGAAGGUCCGCUCAGUUCAUUCUUCCAAGCGCUCGCCACUAAUCCGCAGUGUUAGAGGCGUGUUUAGAGACGCAGAAUGAAGACCUUGGCUGUGGUGAAGGUGGUGAUGGUGGCGGCCGCUAUGGUUGCUGUAGGGGACGCGGCCGCCAGGAACCGCAGACAGGCCAGCGGUUGCUUUUGGUGGGCGGGAGAGUGCAAGGAAGACAACAAAGAACAGGAACCUCAAGCACAGGGAGACGCUGGCCAGAACGCUACAGAGGGGAUAUCAGUUCGCCAGCACCAACACCAGGAAUAUCAAGAAUAUGCCAGCUGCGACAACUACCGCGGCGUGUGUGUCCCCUACUACCUGUGCCGUGACAACUCAAUCGUGACUGACGGCGCAGGUAUCAUCGACAUCAGAAUCGGAGGGCAGAAGGACAAUGUAACACGAUCAAGCUCUGAGUGUCCGAGCUACCUGGACGUGUGUUGCACCAGCCCCCUGCCGCCCACCACCACCACGGCGCCGCCCACGCCCUACCGUUCAAACUGCGGCACGAGGAACUACCAGGGGAUAGAUGUCAGGAUCCAAGGCUUCAAGGACAACCAGGGCCAGUUCGCGGAGUUCCCGUGGAUGACUGCCAUACUGAAGAAGGAGUUGGUUGACGGCACACAAAAGAACUUCUACGUGUGUGGCGGCUCCCUCAUCCACCCGUCCAUUGUGUUGACCGUCGCCCACUGCGUCGGCAAGCUCGGGGCCAGCCAGCUGACGGUGCGCCUUGGGGAGUGGGACACGCAGAGGAACUACGAGCCGCACCCUUACCAGGACAGGGGCGUCAAUGCCAUCGUCAUCCACCCAGAUUACAACCAAGGCGGGGCUCUGUACAAUGACUUCGCCCUCCUGUACCUGGACUCCCCCGCUGAGCUCUCCUACCACGUGGACACCGUCUGCCUCGGCAUCCCCUUCGACUACAACCAUUGUCUGGUCACGGGCUGGGGCAAGGACAAGUUCGGCAAGGAGGGCGUGUACCAGAACGUUCUCAAAAAGGUGGACCUGCCACUGUGGGACUACGGGAGGUGUCAGGACGCCCUCCGCACCACCAGACUGGGGCGGUACUUCAACCUGCACCAGUCCUUCGUGUGUGCCGGCGGUGAGGCCGGUAAGGACUCCUGCAGCGGUGACGGAGGCUCCCCCCUCGUGUGCCAGAACCUGGAGACCGGGAAGUACGCGCAGGCGGGCAUGGUGGCGUGGGGCAUCGGCUGCGGUACGGCGGGCGUUCCGGGAGUGUACGCUGACGUGCCGUACGCUUACGAUUGGAUUGUCCAGGAAGCAGACAACCUGCUAAGGAACACACCAGGGUACACCCGCUCCUACUGGGAGGUGAAGCACUGAGGCGCCACCUGCCGCUGCCUCCUGCUACUGCUGCUGCCGCUGCUGAUGAUGCACUAGCGAUUGUAUCCAAGUUCCAAAAGAGUUAGAUCGCUCUCACAGAACCAAUCCUGUCUAUUUAUAUGCACAUUCCUCAUUGAUCUUCAUUCCUCCAAACACUCGUCAAAGUCAAGGAAAAUUGGACUCUGGGUAUGAUGGCGACGUGACUCCCACAGACACGAGUGAGAGGCGAGCGGCGGGCGGCAGGCGGCGUGACGCAACUCCCUGGUUCAUCUCGGCCCUAGCGGCGGCUGUCUCGGUACUGGCCACCAUGGAAGUGCAUCUUAGACUACCUCCUUAUCCCUUAACAAAUACACUAUAAAUUUCCCAAGGUCA